CAUGGUACUCUGUGGCAUGAUGGCAUAAAGUUAGCAUAGAGAAGUUGAUGGAGUAGGUGGUCGUUCGGACUGGUGCGGAGACCAGCGAGGACAAAGAACUAUUAUUGUUGUUGUACUGUUGAAGGCAUGAAGGGGGCUUUCAUCAUCGAUGACGUCAACAGUGUGAAUUCUUGUGCUUGUGUGAUCCUUGCUUUUUCAGUUCUGGUACUUGCAUUGUUCCUGCAUGGUGAUGGGCGGCUCACUGGUCAAGAUGCUGUUCGAUUCUUUUCAAUGUCUAAUCUGACACGAGAUCAGCUGAAGAGGGUGUGGGCGAUUGCAGACGUAGGUCGUCAGGGUUUCCUUGGUUAUAAGGAGUUUGUGAUAGCAAUGCAGGUUAUCUCAUUGGCUCAAGCGGGUCACGAGAUCUCAUCAGAUAUUCUGAAGAAGUCAGAUUCGGAGAUCAAACGGCCGGAAAUGGAAGGGUUGAUCAGCAAGAUGGAGGCUCAAGAAAGUAAAAAGGCACAUGUGGAGACUCGGUUAGAAGCACCGAAUGGUUUUCCUGCAUCUCCUCCUCCUCCACCUCCAUCAAUGCCGAGUUUCUCCAAGCUAAUGUCCUUCACACAGAAGAAGUUCAAGGACCCACCACCACCUAUGCAUGUGACAUCAAUAGUCGAUGGCCUAAAACACUUGUACAUGGAAAGAGUUAGGCCUCUGGAGUCUACCUACAGGUUUCAGGACUUUGUCACACCUUUGCUGACAGAUAGCGACUUCAAUGCGAAACCCAUGGUAAUGCUGCUGGGUCAGUAUUCCACAGGAAAGACAACGUUUAUUCAUCAUAUUCUGCAGCGAGAUUAUCCUGGUGCGCAUAUUGGACCGGAGCCAACCACAGAUCGGUUCGUGGUAAUCAUGCAUGGACAAGAUGAGAGGAGUGUACCAGGCAACACAAUUGCGGUGCAGGCUGAUAUGCCUUUCAAUGGACUGACAAAGUUUGGCGGCUCGUUCUUGUCGAAAUUUGAGUGUUCACAACUGACACAUCCGUUGUUGGAACAUGUGACUUUCGUGGACACGCCAGGUGUCUUGUCAGGAGAGAAACAGCGGACGCAGCGAAGCUACGAUUUCACAGGCGUUAUCCAGUGGUUUGCAUCAAAGUGUGACCUUGUUCUUCUUCUGUUCGACCCGCACAAGCUCGACAUUUCAGACGAGUUCAAACGAGUCAUUAUGGCUCUCAAGGGACAUGAUGACAAGAUCAGAGUUGUCCUCAACAAGGCACAUCAGGUCGACACUCAGCAGCUGAUGAGGGUAUAUGGAGCGCUGAUGUGGUCUCUUGGCAAGGUGUUGAAUACCCCUGAAGUGGUUCGUGUAUAUAUUGGCUCGUUUCAUGACAGGGAAAUCACUCCAAAAGAUGAGAUGGGCAAGUUUCUCUUCGAGAAAGAGCAGAAUGACUUGCUUGCAGAUCUGAAAGAUAUUCCACGGAAGAGCUGUGACCGUAAGAUAAACGAGUUCGUGAAGCGGGCAAGAGCUGCUAUCAUUCAUGCAUACAUCAUAGCUCACUUGAAGAAGCAGAUGCCAGCAAUGUUGGGGAAGGCCAAGGCUCAAGAAAAACUAAUAGACAAUCUAGAAGAGGAGUUUGCAAAGGUUCAGAGAGAGCAUCAUCUCGCCGCCGGAGACUUCCCAAAUGUCCAUAUCUUCCGUGACACAUUAGAAGGUUAUAGCAUCGACAAGUUCGAGAAGUUAAAACCAAGACUGAUUCAAGUCGUUGACGAGGUUCUGAGUAAGGAUAUUCCGGAUCUUUUGAGAAAGUUCCGGAAUCCUUAUGAUAAUCUAUAGGCACCGAUGGUAUGGUAUUUCCCUAUUUACAGGCUCGGGUCGCAUACCUCGCUCUAUGGUUGUCAACGAAAAGGAAUACAACUGGUGGCUCUCAAGUCGUUCACGGCUUCAGCGAGUCAUCAUGGAUGUCUGCCAACCACACACCUAUUGACUUGAGCUGAACAACGACCGCAAACAGCAGCCAGCUUGAACCCAAUCUAUCGUCGAUGCUUACAUUUCCUUUUCCCCUUUGUGGCAGUCUGUGGUUGUUACUCCGGGUUAGAGCGAAUGAAGAGAAUAGUCGAAAGAAAUGGGUUCGAACUUCGAAGUGAAGAGAGUAAUCGACACUGGGUUUGAAGUCCAUGUGUUUCGUCAACCGUGAUACGAGGAGACAACCACCAACCUCCUGACGGAGCAACCAACCUCCUGACGGAUUCUGCGCCUAGCACAUAAUCAAUCCGUACGGAGCCAAUAACUGUUGCACAAGAAUUCUGCGAGCAACAGACGGGCUAUGGUGCCAGGCUGUCGGACUUAGCUUCCUUGGUGCCUCUGCUUUAUUGGAGACACUGUGGGAUGGUUGUGUGUUUGGCUCCUGGUUUAUCCGGAAUGAAGGCGGUCAUCUGCUUGAUGCCUGGUUUAUCUGUAAUGUCAAAAAUGGGUAAUUACGAUCACGCCUGCGGAGCAGUAGUAAUUGUGUCCAGCGUUGAACACUGCUCUGUUUUCUAGAGAUGAGCAGGCCUGACUGUUUCAUAAGCUCAUUUUUGAUGAGGAGUUUGUUUGGGGAUGUGCUUGUGUGUGCUAUCUCUACCCAUAACUGCUGAUAGCAAUGGAGGUGUGACGUUGUCUACUCGUAUGUGCACUUAGCAGCGGAAAGACGGAGGGCUCCUGGCUCCUGGAAAUGCUGACCGAUAACAAGGGAAGAGUGAGGGCUAGGGGGCAGCUAGGGUUGCUUGGUCCUUUGUCCUUGUGGAAAGCUUUUUGGUUAUGUGAGAGUGAACCCUACGAAGAGAUCUGCGGCAUCAGCAAAGGUGGUUCAGAAGAGCUCAGAGGUUGUCAGGAAAGCUAGGAAACUGUGUGUCUUUAGAGAUUGUCAGGGAAGCUAGGAAAUUGUGUGCCUUUACAAAUUUAGAGUCUUUAGAGAGAGUUUUUAGACCAUGUAUGUAUAGAGAGAUAGGGCAGGGCUAACAAGAUCUGAAGCAUAGUUGGGCUUGUCGGUGUUGAGUCUUCAGAUCCUCUCUGGUGGCUUUCAAGAUGGAUGUGACCGUUGACUGUGGGUCGUGUCCUUGGAGCUGGUGUAUGGUGUCUGUUGAGUUUGGUGUUUUUUUAGGGGUCACAGGGAGAAUGAAGAGGAGGAGGAUGGCGAAGAGGAUGGCAAAGAGAGCGCCAAGGAAUAUCAGAUAACAUGUGUGUUCAGGUUGUUGAAAAGAUUACAAUGCUCAGCACUACCCUUUGUUUUUUUGGUCCUGCUCAAAAAAAUGUCCAGAAUGGGCACUUAGGAUCAUGACCCACCACCAUCUUGGAAAGGUGGGAAUAUCUCAUUUCUCCAUAGUUGACAGCACCAUGCCCACGCCAGCGUGCAUGUCUCUGAUGCAUGAAAAGAGAGAGAGAGAGAGAGAGAGAGAGAGAGAGAGAGAGAGAGAGAGAGAGGGAGGGAGGGAGGGAGAGGGAUACAGGCAGGGAGACAGAAGUUCCCAAGUAACCCUUUUCGCCAUGACGCACGUGACAUUUUUUGUACUAAACUCUGAACGUGCAGUGGGUUGGUAUGCUGGGAGGAUGGGUGGGGGUUCGUGGUGCAGCCAGUUCUUCAUCUUCAUAUCUGUUCUCUUCUUUAUAUCUUCGUCUUGGCCACAGCUUCUGGUCUAAUUGUGCCAACCGAUUCUCAUCACUGCUCUGUUUGGUUUCAGGAGAUGUUCCGACUUUCAACACCUGAGGUUCUCUCUCCCUUUUGGGCCCCUGUCUUCAGUUCAAGGCUUGGACCCUUUUGGUGGUGGUGCUCAGCGGCGGCAACCAAAGUAAGCAUGCUCUGAAGGUUUCCUCUCUCAUUAGGGUUUAAUGAUUUAAAAUCCGUGUCCAUUUUCUCAAUACCUGAUCAGUGGCUUUCAUUCCCUGCUUCUCCUCAGGAUUUUUUUUAUUUUUUUUUGCUCAACACCCUUCCAUGUUUGUGAGUGUGUUAAGCAAGCAUUGCAGGGUAUGUUUUCUUCUGCAACUGCCGGCAAGGCAUUGACGAUUCAGGCAUCGCAGCCUAUGUUUUUGUGUGGUAUGUAGUGCUCUUUCUUCCUUCGCCACUUUUUUGUCUUUUGUUGGGGUGCUGUUUCUUGCCUUUGGAUUCAGCUUCUCUUGACAGGUCCAUAUACCGCAUGAAUAAUGUAAAUUAUAAUAAUUAGUACUAAAAUACUAAAAUAGUUUAAGAGGCUGCGAAUAAAAGCCACUGCGGAUAAAUGGUUUAAGAGUCUGCGAACAGUGGCCAGUACUGUAGAAUGCCUUGGCCAGAAAUGGCGCCAAGCUGCUGGGGCUAACACCGCAACACCUACUCCCCAUUGUUUUGUUUCUUAAAUUCUGUUUAUUUUUCAGGUUUUUUUUUUCCCUUCCCUGUGUUGCUUGUCGUGCAUUAUACUAUUAUGUCAUAAUAAGAUCUGGCAACAGAUCCAUAGUUUUGUGUGUUGGCUGAUUUGUGUAGAGUCUGAGGAAAUGAUGGGGCUGAAGUAACAAGACUUCUGGACCGAUGGCAAAAAGUUAUUUGCAAACAUGGCUGUCUUCUCUGGUUGACCGCAGGUCAGUCGUGUUAUUGCCGAUCCAUUUGGGUUCUACCAACCCGAUGAUUUGAAUUUUGAAUU